AUAUUAACUAAAGGUGUUCUUAAAUUGUGGAGUUCCUGUAAUUUCUUAAAUAGUGGUGAAUCAUUAGUAAUAAUUCCUAAAUGCAAUGCCAUAAAAUAUAAACAAUUUAGAAAAAAAUUAUUGAAUCUUUAUCAUUUUCUGAUGCCAUGAGUAUUUUAUAAUUAUUAAUAUUUUAAAAGUAACAAGAUCAUAUAAUACAAAUACGAUGAAAGUACACGUGAGAUUACAUUAUACACUUAUGACAUACAGGUUGGUUGACGACAUGUGUUUUUGAAAUAUAUCGUUAAAUUGAAUCAUCGAGAUGGCUCAACCUUGGAUGUCUGAUCUCAUCGGUGUAUUAAAAGGAGUUAAGGUAGUAACUAAUGCCAUCAUAAAGCAUCAAGAAGAUACACUGAAACAUUCAAUACGGACAUCAAGCUUAAAAGUUGUGGCAGAAAAAUGUACAACAGAUUGUAUGAAAAAAUUAAACAAUAUAGAACCAAGUAAGGUUCCUAGUCAAGCAGUAAGAGAAGUGAAAGAAAUGGCUGAACGAUUAAAUGUUGUUGAGAAAGGCAUAAUGGAAUUUAUUAAAAUAAAAACUAAUGAUAUUCCAUCUGAUCAUUAUAAUUCUACAGCAUCCAAAAAUGCUAAAUUAUAUGUUUAUAAUAUUGCAAAAGAUCCUAAGGAAGUACCAAUUAAAUCUGAUGUUCCUAAUGUACAGCAGAAUAUCAAAUCUGAAUGUAUGGAUGAUAUACAAGAGAAACGUGAUAAAUCUACAAUAAAAAAAUAUACAACAGUAAAAGAAAAAAUUGAAACAAUAUCCAACUUAGAGAAUGAAAUACCUAAAAUUGAGCUUUCAGACAAAGAUAAAGAAUUACUAAGAAAAUUGGAAUUAGAACAUGAACAAAAUAUAACGCAUCAAGGUGCAAAGAAAAACAAUGUUCAAAAAGAUGAUGAUCAAGUAUUCAUAGGCAAUAAAAAGCAGGGGUUUGCAAAUGCAGCUCAAGAAAUACCUAAAGUUAGACCAUCCGUUAAACCAAAACAAACUCUUGCUCCUAAUGCAAAAGCUCAAAAAGUUCCAGCUACUAGAUUACAGAGAAUGGUAAGCUUUGGUACAUUAGGAAUUGGUCUUGGCAUCGGUACAGUUGCAGAAUAUACGCGUAGAACAUUAGGAUUAAAACAACAAAGUUUAGGAGAAACAUUCGAUAAUAUGUUUCUUACAAAACCAAAUGCUGAAAGAAUAGUUUCAACUUUGUGUAAAGUAAGAGGUGCUGCUUUAAAAUUGGGACAGAUUUUAAGUAUUCAAGAUGAAACUGUUAUAAAUCCUGAAUUACAAAAAAUUUUUGAAAGAGUUAGACAGAGCGCUGAUUUUAUGCCAACAUGGCAAGUUGAGAAAGUGUUAGCUAGUGAAUUCGGGCAUGAUUGGAAAAAGAAAUUAGCUACCUUCGAAGAGAAACCAUUUGCUGCAGCAUCUAUCGGCCAAGUACAUCAUGGUACUUUAUUAAAUGGUCAAGAUGUAGCAAUUAAAAUUCAGUAUCCUGGUGUAGCUAUGGGAAUUCAGAGUGAUGUAGAGAACUUAGUAGGCAUAAUGAAGGUCUGGAAUAUCUUUCCAAAAGGCAUGUUCAUUGAUAAUUUAGUGGAAGUUGCUAAACGAGAACUUGCAUGGGAAGUCGAUUAUGUACGCGAAGCAGAAUGCACAAGAAAGUACAAAAAGCUCAUGGAACCUUAUAAGGAUUAUUGUGUUCCAGCUGUAGUAGAUGAAUUAUCAACAAGUCAAAUUUUUACAACUGAAAUGGUGGAAGGUAUUCCCGUAGAUAAAUGUGUAAGUUUAGAUAUGAAAACAAGAGAACAUAUAUGUAAAUUGAUAAUGCACUUAUGUCUGAAGGAAUUAUUUGUUUUUCGAUAUAUGCAAACAGAUCCAAAUUGGUCAAAUUUUUUCUACAACAAUAAUACAAAACAGUUAGUAUUAUUGGAUUUUGGAGCUUGUAGAGAAUAUGAAAAAUCAUUUAUGGACAAAUAUAUUAAAGUAAUUUAUGCUGCAAGCGAAAAUGAUCGUAUGACAGUUUUAAAUUUAUCCAGAGACAUGGGAUUCCUUACUGGAUAUGAAUCUAAAAUAAUGGAAGAAGCUCAUGUUGAUGCAGUAAUGGUUCUAGGACAAAUAUUUGAUAAAAAUAAUAAAUAUUAUGAUUUUGGGGGACAAGAUGUGACUAAACGAAUGCAAUCACUAGUUCCAACAAUCUUAGAUAAUAGACUCUGCCCUCCACCUGAAGAAAUAUACAGUCUGCAUAGGAAAUUAUCAGGAAUCUUUUUGCUAUGUGCCAAACUUAAAGUUAAAAUAAAUUGUCGUGACAUGUUCCAUGAAGUAUAUGCAAACUAUAAGUUUGAUUAAUCUAAUUAAAUUAUAAAUAAAUAGACUUUAAAUAUUUAUAUAUAUUUGAGAUUAAUAAAGUAUUGUUUCUAUAUUUAUAA